CGGGUUAACGCGAAACUUCAAAUUUUAACAGGGAAGAUGUUUGGUGUGGUAGCCGUGAUAAUGCUGGCGAUAGUUGCCAAGGGGACGGAAGCUUUUCGGACGUACAACACUGGCCGAGGUAUGGUGUACAGACUUGGAGUAACCCAAGAUACCACCUUGGAAGGUAGCACACAACACAACAGGCUUCCGUACCUCAUGGUGUCCAAGCACCCUCAAUUUCCUAACAAGCGUUCGCUGGUUCAGUUUGAAAACCUCCCCAAUGCCUGCGGCCCAUCACAGAUCAUAUCCGCUAAGAUGUACCUAUACUACGUGUAUGCUCACAAGGCGAGCUGGCAUACCAUCCAGAGAACCCCUUUUAUCCCCCGCUUUAUGCAGGUGCCGCAAUAAGUCUAUUAGAUAUUUUGGUCCUUUUAGUUUACUUUGUUUUAAUCCCGGUACAUAUAAAAUAGUUCAGGUUGCGGUACAAAUCCAAUCUGCUAAUUCACGAAACUACAUAUCAAUACUAUUUGAUUUCAGCUUGGACAAAACAAAUGAUUUUCUCUUCAAGUCACAUUAAAUCAUCAACAAAACGUUGUGCUUUUAAAGUUGUUUUAGUCUAUUUUGCUAAAAAGCUGUUUUAUUCCUAGCUAUUAGUCAAUAGUAGACCCAUAGUAGUGUGUCCUUACCUUUAAAACAGCGCUUCCAGGCACUUAGCGGGAAGACAAUAGUCAAGACAAACAGUGUCAAAGUUAUUCCAUAAAGGCAGUCCUCAAAAGUUCAGUUUCGAUUCACUUGUGAUUUUUGCUUUUUUGUUCGUUUUUUGUUCUUUUUUUUUUAAAAUCCCAUCAAAGGCAAAUAAACGUACAGAAGUCAGAACAAAUAUGUUAUUUAUUCAAUUGCUUGUUUGCUUUAGAUUUGCUAGCUUGUUUCAAUAAUUUAUCGCCAUCUUUUAUCAAUAAAGGGUAGAUCCAAAUGUUGCAAAGGAAAUACUGGCUCUCUCAUCCACACCCUUUGCGAGCCGAAAUUCGCUAACCCUUGGUUACAAAGACCUUUUUACCGAUACGGCGGCCAUUUUGAAUUUACUAGAUUUAAGGAGUGUUAGGGGAUGCCCAGGGGGCACUCACUCAGUAUUUACGCGCACUUUUCGGACAAAAAGAGAACGUUACUGUUUGUUUCUCGGUAAAAGGGCGAUCAUUAUUACAUCCAAACAAGGCACAACGAUCUUUUUUGCCCAUUACAAUCUUUUUUUCUAGGAAAACUUAAUGAAAAAUUAGCCCGAAAAGCGCGCGUAAAUACUGAGCGAGUAUAUUGGAUAGUGCUCAUGCCCCCUGGGCAUCCCAUAAUACUCCUUAAAUCUAAUAAAUUUAAUAUUGUCGCCGUAUCGGUAAAAAGGUCUAUUAUGGGUUUUAGGUGCACCUGGUGAAGAAGUCUUGGAACGCAGCUCAAGCUACUUCCACGAAGAGAGACAGCACUCAUUGGUGGUCCAGUACUUACCUGGGUCUGGAUAACACCGACGCAGAGGCCAAACCACAGGCAGAGACGGUCACAAUCUUUCCCUACCGUCCGCGGGGCUAUGUGGAGUUUGACAUCACACGCGCAAUGAGGCAAUGGAGAAGUGGUGUCCCGAAUUAUGGGUUGCUUAUUCGCGCGACUAACGAGCUGGAAAAUGGAAGAGGGAUUAGAUUUGCCAGCAGUGACAUGUCAGAUACCUCCCGGCGUCCUUAUGCCCUCGUACUGUGUGCAUAG